AUGAGGAGCCUACUGCACUCAUCACUUGGCAUACUGCUGCUGACAUUGCUUCUCGUGCUCGCAUCCUCGCCGCCGGCGACGCCGCUGUCGGCGGACGGGCUCGCGCUGCUGGCGUUCAAGGCCGCGGUCACCGACGACCCGUCGUGGGCGCUGUCGGCGUGGUCGGCCAACGACACGGACCCGUGCCGCUGGCCGGGGGUGGCCUGCGUCAACACCUCCUCCUCCCCCGAGCCGCGCGUCGCCGGCCUGGCCGUCGCGGGCAAGAACCUCACCGGCUACCUCCCGUCCGAGCUCGGCUCGCUCGCCUUCCUCCGCCGCCUCAACCUCCACGGCAACCGCCUCUCCGGCACCAUCCCACCCUCGCUCGCCAACGCCACGGCCCUGCGCUCCAUCUUCCUCUACGACAACAACCUCACCGGCGCCUUCCCGGCCUCGCUCUGCGACCUCCCGCGCCUGCAGAACCUCGACCUCUCCAAGAACUCCCUCACCGGCGCGCUCCCGGCGGCGGGGCUCGCGCGAUGCACGCAGCUGGAACGCCUCAUCAUCUCCAGCAAUGACUUCACCGGCGCGAUCCCCGCCGCCGCCCUGCCGAAGAUGGCGAGCCUGCAGCUGCUCGACCUGUCGUCCAACUCCCUCACGGGCGCCAUCCCGCCCGAGCUCGGGAGGCUGCCUGCGCUAGCCGGCACGCUGAACAUCUCCCGCAACCACCUCUCCGGCGGGGUACCGCCGGAGCUCGGGCACCUCCCGGCGACCGUCAGCCUCGACCUCCGCUUCAACAACCUCUCGGGCGAGAUCCCGCAGUCGGGGUCCCUCGCCAGCCAGGGCCCCACGGCCUUCCUCAACAACCCCGGCCUCUGCGGCUUCCCGCUCCAGGUCCCCUGCCGCGCGGCCCCGCCGUCCUCGUCCUCCCCAACGGCCCCGAUCGCCAUCGGCCCAGCCGGCGGCGCGGGCGGCCCUCGGCAGGGGAUCAAGACCAGCCUCAUUGUCCUCAUCUCGCUCGCCGACGCGGCCGGGGUCGCCCUCAUCGGCGUCAUCGUGGUGUACGUGUACUGGAAGCUGCGCGACCGGCGGGGGCUCAACGGCGAAGACGACGACGACGAGGAGGGGCGGGGGCUGUUCGGCUGCCCGUGCAUGCGCGCCAGGUCGUGCGGGGACUCGUCGGACGGGUCGGACGCCGGCGGCGGCGGCGAGAAGAAGAAGUGCGGCGGCGAGGACGGGGAGCUGGUGGCGAUCGACAGGGGGUUCCGGAUGGAGCUGGACGAGCUGCUGCGGUCGUCGGCGUACGUGCUGGGCAAGGGCGGGAAGGGGAUCGUGUACAAGGUGGUGGUGGGCAACGGGACGACGCCGGUCGCCGUGCGCCGGAUCGGCGGCGGCACCAAGGCCCCCGAGCGGUACAAGGAGUUCGCGGCGGAGGCGGGCGCCGUCGGGCGGGUGCGGCACGCCAACGUCGUCAGGCUGCGCGCCUACUACUGGUCGCCCGACGAGAAGCUCGUCGUCACGGACUUCAUCAACAACGGCAACCUCGCCACCGCGCUGCGCGGGCGUUCGGGGCAGCCGAGCCUGUCGUGGUCGCUGCGGCUGCGGAUCGCCAAGGGCGCGGCGCGCGGCCUGGCGCACCUCCACGAGUGCAGCCCGCGGCGGUACGUCCACGGCGAGGUCAAGCCCUCCAACGUCCUCCUCGACUCGGACUACAACGCCCUCAUCGCCGACUUCGGCCUCGCCCGGCUCCUCACCAUCGCCGGCUGCGCGGACCCCGCCGCCGCAGGCGCCGGCGGCAUAAUGGGCGGCGCUCUCCCGUACGUCAAGCCCGCGCCGGACCGGCCCAACGCGUACCGCGCGCCCGAGGCCCGCGUGCCCGGGGCGCGGCCGAGCCAGAAGUCCGACGUGUACUCAUUCGGCGUCCUGCUGCUGGAGCUGCUCACCGGGCGGUCGCCGGAGCAUGCGUCGCCCUCCGGUUCCUCGGCGUCGUUUUCGGGGCCUGGUGCCAUUGACGGGCAGCAGCAGCAGCCGCAGGCACCGGAGAUCGUGAGGUGGGUGCGGCAGGGGUUCGAGGACGCGCGGCCGCUGUCGGAGCUGGCCGACGAGGCCGUGCUGCGGGACGCCGGCGCGCGCAAGGAGGUGGUGGCGGCGUUCCACGUCGCGCUCGGGUGCGUCGAGGCAGACCUGGAGCGGCGGCCGCGGAUGAAGGCCGUCUCCGACAAGCUCGAAAAGAUCGGGUCGUGA